AUGUAUGUCUACAAGAGAAACGGGAAAAAAGAACCAGUUCGUUUCGACAAGAUCACCGCCAGAGUCUCUCGUCUCUGUUACGGUCUUGACCCAAAACAUGUUGAUCCGGUAACUAUCACUCAGAGAAUCAUUUCUGGUGUAUACGAAGGUGUUACCACCGUCGAGCUUGAUAAUUUAGCUGCUGAAACCGCUGCCUAUAUGACCACUGUUCACCCUGACUACGCCGUUCUUGCUGCCAGAAUCGCCGUGUCUAACUUACACAAGCAAACUACCAAACAAUUUUCAGCUGUUGUUCAAAGCUUGUUCGAAUAUAUCAACCCAAAGACUGGUAAGCAUGCCCCAAUGGUCUCAGAAGAAACCCGUGAUAUUGUGAUGAAGCACGAAAAUGAACUUAACUCCGCUAUUGUCUAUGAUCGUGAUUUCAACUACAACUACUUCGGGUUCAAGACUUUGGAAAGAUCUUACCUCUUGAGAAUUGAUGGUAAGGUUGCCGAAAGACCACAACAUUUGAUCAUGCGUGUGGCUAUUGGUAUUCACGGUGACGAUAUCCCAAAGGUCCUUGAAACUUAUAACUUGAUGUCUCUUAAAUAUUUCACCCAUGCUUCUCCUACUUUGUUUAAUGCUGGUACUCCAAACGCUCAAAUGUCGUCUUGUUUCCUUGUUGCCAUGAAGAACGAUUCCAUUGAUGGUAUUUUUGAAACUUUGAAACAAAUGGCCAUCAUCUCUAAGCACGCUGGUGGUAUUGGUUUGCACAUUAACAAUAUUAGAUCUACCGGCUCUUAUAUCGCUGGUACCAACGGUACUUCCAACGGUAUCAUUCCAAUGUUGAGAGUUUUCAACAACACCGCCAGAUAUGUCGACCAAGGUGGUAACAAGAGACCAGGUGCCUUUGCCAUUUACGUUGAACCAUGGCACUCCGAUAUCUUUGAUUUCAUCGACAUCAGAAAGAACCAUGGUAAAGAAGAAAUCAGAGCCAGAGAUUUGUUCCCAGCAUUGUGGAUCCCAGAUCUUUUCAUGAAGCGUGUUGAGAAGAACCAAGAAUGGACUUUGUUCUCUCCAAAUGAAGCCCCAGGCUUGGCCGACACUUAUGGUGAAGAAUUCGAAGCCCUUUAUGAAAAGUAUGAACAAGAAGGUCGUGGUAGAAGAACAGUCAAGGCUCAAAAGUUGUGGUAUUCUAUCUUGGAAGCCCAAACUGAAACUGGUACUCCAUUCAUGGUCUACAAGGAUGCUUGUAAUAGCAAAUCUAACCAAAAGAAUCUUGGGAUGAUCAAAUCCUCAAACUUGUGUUGUGAAAUUGUCGAAUACUCUGACCCAGAAGAAACUGCUGUGUGUAACUUGGCUUCUGUUGCCUUGCCAGCCUUUGUUGAAAGUGAUGACGACUCUUGUACUUAUAACUUUCAAAAACUUCAUGAAAUUGUCAAGGUUAUCGCUAAGAACUUGAACAAGAUCAUCGACCGUAACUUCUACCCAGUUCCAGAAGCUAGAAGAUCUAACUUCCGUCAUAGACCAAUUGCUCUUGGUGUUCAAGGUCUUGCUGAUACUUUUAUGAUGUUGCGUUUGCCAUUUGAAUCUCCAGAAGCCAAGGAAUUGAAUGCUCAAAUCUUUGAAACCAUUUACCACGCUGCUAUCGAAGCUUCUACUGAGCUUGCUUCUGUUGAAGGUACUUAUGAAACUUACGAGGGUUCCCCAGCUUCUCAAGGUCUUCUCUCCUUUGAUUUGUGGAAUGUCAAGCCAUCUGAAUUGUGGGACUGGGAUCAACUUAAGGAAAAAGUUGCUAAGCACGGUUUGCGUAACUCUUUGCUCGUUGCCCCAAUGCCAACUGCUUCUACUUCUCAAAUCUUGGGUUACAAUGAAUGUUUCGAACCAUACACUUCCAACAUUUACUCUCGUCGUGUUCUUGCUGGUGAAUUCCAAAUUGUCAACCCAUAUCUUUUGAAGGAUCUUGUUGAAAUGGGUCUUUGGUCUACUGAAAUGAAGGACCAUAUCAUUUCUGCUAACGGCUCUAUCCAAGAUUUGCCAAACAUUCCACAAGAGCUCAAGGAGUUGUACAAGACCGUUUGGGAAAUCUCUCAAAAGAAGAUUAUUGACCUUGCUGCUGACCGUGGUCCAUUCAUUGAUCAAUCUCAAUCCAUGAACAUCCACAUCCGUGCUCCAACCAUGGGUAAGUUGACUUCUAUGCAUUUCUACGGUUGGAAAAAGGGUUUGAAGACCGGUAUGUACUACUUGCGUACUCAAGCUGCUAGUGCCGCCAUUCAAUUCACAAUUGAUAAGAAUAGUGCCAGUAAUGCUGGUAAGCUAGAGGCUAAGGAAUUGGUCAGAAAGAAGUAUGUUCCAAAACAUCAACAAGGUGCUGCCUCUUUUGAAUCACAAGUAAUUGCCCCAGUCGAAGUCAAAUCAACCUCUACUUCUAAUAUUGCUUCAUCCGUCUCCACUCCAGCCACUGUUGCCGAAGCCUCUACUCUUCCCGAAGAAGUUUCUAACUUGUCAUUGAAGGAAGAAACUACCGAGACCACUAAGUCCCUUGAUGAUCAAAUUAAGGAAAUGGAACAAGACAUUUUCAGUUCAAAGGUAAUUGCCUGUGCUAUAGAUAACCCUGAAUCUUGUGAAAUGUGUUCUGGUUAA